AUGCCUGAACAGCCGACUGCCGAGCAAUGGGAGAGGCAUAGGCCCCUCAUUACCAAGUUAUAUACCACCAAAACCCUCAAGCAUAUCAAAGAUGAGCUGUAUAACAGACAUGGGUUCUAUGCGACAGAGCGCAUGUACAAGGGACGGUUCAAGACCUGGGGUAUCGGGAAAAACAAGAAGCGCAAGCCCUUUGAGGCAGCACUGCCCGGAGACAUUGACCCAGGGUCAAACCUUGCUGCCGCACCUCCCAGCGAUAUCUCAAGCCCUACCUCUCCAAUUCAACCACCUACUUACUUCUCGCCGGCACUAACGCCAGGAGCGUCUCCUCACGACGGUCAUGGAGUCUUCGACACGCGAUCGACGACAUAUGUCGAUACGCCACGGUCAGGGACCCUCCCACCGACACCAGCCACGUAUGGAUACAGUUCUCCAUUUGAAGUGAACCUGAAGGAAGCUGGCAUGACCCCUGACAUGCUCUGCAAAGAGAUCGUGACAUCAGCGACGUUGAUACUCUCGAAACUUGUCCCAGGGCGGUCGCCGACUGUGGCAUGGGACGACUGUACUCCGACGGACGACCACCUCGCGAUUUACCGCACGCUUCAGAAGGAACUCAAGCAUGAAAGUCACCUGAGAGGUUGCCUUGUGAACAACCCAUCAGUAGCAGUCAAAUCGCAAAUGAACGACCAUGUCAACGAGCUGUUAAAGUCAUUUCACCCUGCGGUACCGAUUGGGAUUCUAAGCUCAUUCAACCAGUCAUCGGAUACUGUAGCCAUUCACGAAUUGGCGCGCUGCUUGGUGAAAUCUUCAAUGAUCAUUUUACCACGAGAUCACGAAUUUUUCCAAUUAGCGCAGAGAGUAUUACAGCUCCUCACAGACACUCUAUUCUCGGAUUUUAAAGCCCACAUGGAACGCAUUUGCGAUGAUCUCCAAGCCAACGUGCUCAAAGUCCUGGGUAGAUGGAGUUUAGUGAUGAUUUACCUGAUUUUCUUGCUCAACGCCAAAAAGGCAAAAAAUGAACAACAGACGGAUCCCAAGAUCUUGAAUAUGGCCUUGGAGCGAUAUACACACGUACAGUGCUCUUACUCAGACGAUCCAAAGCUUAUUGUUCAAUUCGGCCACUUCAUCCUAGGCUACUGCGUCCUCGUUGCAUCUGAAGCAGAACUAGCGACCAGUGUGCGGGAUAUGGCAGAACAAUGCUACGACCGCGCCGAGGCGUACCUGUUGGAGCGGGAAUCUUCGCCAAACUCCAGAUAUGCAGACAUCCAAGAUGCAAAAUCACAUUUCGGGAAGGCAUGUGCCGUCCUGGCGGACUGUCGCUAUGCGCAGGGCACGCAGCAAGCGGAUAAGAUGCUUCGCGAUGAGAUCCACGACUCGUCGCGGAGACUUCUGCUCAUGUCAAUAGGGUGUCACGUUGAUACGGACAUGGCGACGAUGGCGCAGUUUGAGCGACAGAAGAAGAAGCUUGAGGGUUGGUGCAGAGAUGCAGAGGAUUUGGAGAGGCAGAAGCAACUGGAUUGUAUCCGUGACCUCAUCCUCGGAAACGAUCAACGGCCAAAGGAUGGGCCUCUUCUUCCGAGGUUGAAGGUGUUGGCUGGUAAUUGA